AUGCUCGCUCUUGCGGAAGCCGCGGUCACAGAACGAGCAGACGUGCGGGCUGCAGGCGGGGGCGGCCACGUGAAGGCAGACCUCGUCGGUGUCUCGGGCUUUGUUGCGUCGGGGUUUGGAGACGCCUGUCCUGUGGUUCGGCCUUCUCCAUCAGAGCGUACCGGAAACAGCCUUCCGCCAUACGUCACGACAAGCACACUGGCGAAGGAUAGCGAUGAUUCGGAACCCGGACGUUACUUGUAUCCAUGGCCUGACACGACUCUAGCAGAGCUUCUCGUGCACGAUGCAGCGGCGGGAGCCCCUGUGCGCGGUGUUUGCGAAUGGAACGACAAUGUAUCUUCACACCCAGUCACCGAGAGGGUCAUAGACUCGAUCGUCAACGAAAGCCGUAGCUCGUCUCAGCACACUGCUCUUGGUCCUGAUAUUGCAGACACGGCCGACGCAGGUCCGGGAGGUGAGAGCUUCAGUGGGUUUCUUCCAACGCUUUUUGACGAUGAUCUGGAUGCAUUUCAAUUCGACGACAUUUUCCAGGGAGGCUCGGAAGCCGACUUGGACAACUUCUUCGCCAACAUCUUCAGCGCGCCCUCUUUUCCUCGCGGCAGCCCCCACGACGCCGCUACAACAAUAGCUCCUCUCAACGAAGAGUUUAUUUCCCAAUAUCGAAGCCAUGUCGAAAUUCUGAGCGGCUACUACCGACUGAUACAUCCCGUCUUCCCUAUCCUCCCGCCACCUCUAGAAGACGGUAGCGCGAGUCUGACGGAUGUGCACGUUCAGGAAGACAUCCAGCUGGCGGCCUCAUCUCCCCUGAUGCUAGCGUUGCACGCACUGCUCAUUCUUAUCCCAGACCCAGGAUCCGACGAGACUUUCAGCGAAGAUGAGCGUCAAAGUCGAGCCAGCGUGUCGCAAACCCUGUUCCAGCGCGCGCUUGAGGCAUUGGAGCUUACCUCGCAGACUCAAAUCGCGGGAGUUGGUUUACUCUCAGUCUCCAACUUCCACCCACACGUCCCCAGAGAGUCCGAGACUCCGCUUGCCUGUUGCGUGCUGGGCCUGUAUCAGUAUCUUCACCCAGGAGACUUACAGGAGAUGACCGCGCUCUCCUGGAGGGCAUUCGAUAUGUCAACAAGUCUUUGCUUGGAUGGCAAGGCAGAAACAUCCGGCCGGUUUGCUGAAUCGUUGCGGAGGACAUGGUGGAUGAGCUACUUGUGUGUUUGCAAUGCUACAAUCGUGAACUGCAAGCUCUGGGUGCACUACAUCCGCGCCGAAGAGGCUCUUGUUGCCGCUACCUUACUCCUUGUCGCACUGCUCAGGGGAUUCGCUUCAGAGUCCGAAGUGUCCGCGUUCCAUCGAGAUAUUGGCAUUCUCGACCGGGUUAUAUUGCAUCAGCUGGGAUCAAUCGGCUCCCAUGGUAUCUCUGGGUCCGACCUUUUUGACUCUCCCGAAGCCAGGCUUGCCGUGUGUCUGCGAACAACAGGUCGUGCCAGACUAAUGAGCGCGCGCAUCAAGCUGCACAGAUAUCGGGCUUUCAUGGGCCAUCCACGAAUACUGAAGAGGUUUGCGGCGGUCACUCCGAUGCAAUCCUCCGAGCGUGGUUCGGCCAUCGAUACGCGGAGAGGGGAAGAAUUCUCCGGUAGGGCCGCCCAGAUGUUCCCUUUCUCGAGCGAGCACUCCCACAGGGUCUGCUUGGAGUCGGCUACGGCUAUCGCUCAUGGCUUCGACCGCCUGAGGUCGUUGGGAAUCCGCGCAACUCCGACGGCCUGCUCGUCAAACCUUGCCGGCUUCACUCUGAUGAUGAUAUCCCACUUCCAGACGUCCACGCCGGGGGCAGCUGGCUCCGAGGUCACGCGGCAAGAGGUCCAGAGGCUGUGCAAAGAGGGAGUUGACGCUGCCAUUAGCGCUCUUGGACAGUUUUCGGGGCAUUUCGGAUUCGUCAAGGCGCUCAAAGGUAGAGAAAAGCCUAUCAACUUCUGA